UGACUCACAGUUCCUACAAAGGAAAACAUCAAACUAAUUAUAAAAAAGAGACCUGGUGUUGGGAAAAACAAAUCUGUGAAAAAGGCUCUUGACUAUGUGUUUGAGUCUGUUUUCUAUGAACUAAAACAGAAAACUCAGGAUUAUCCUCUUACACUGAUUUACUGCUGUGGCAGCAUGGACUGGGUGGGAUACGGGUUUGAACUUGCCGAGAGAAUCCUUCGAGACAGUAUGUAUGGUGGUGAUGGACACAAAUGUGCAGAGAAUCUAAGGGUAGUCAUGUUACAUUCUGCUUUGGAAAAAGGAGAUGAGCUCAAAGAUAUCAUAUUUAAGAAUUUGGCAAAGGAUCCCAUAGAGAGUCCCCUGAAAGUUGUUAUUGCUACAGUAGCACUAGGGAUAGGGGUAGACCUGCGUUAUGUAGCUCAGGUGAUUCAUGCUUGUCCUCCCCAAAAUCUGGAAGCAUACAUACAGCAUAUUGGCCGUGGUGGACGAAACAGUGAAAUGCAGUGUGAAGCCAUUUUGUACUUCAAUAGCAGUGACUUGGGGCGUCUAAACAUUUCAAAGGAAAUUAAGGAGUAUUGCAGGAAUGACACACUUUGUAGGCGAGUUUUUUUCUAAGUCCCACUUUGGAUUUACAGAAUCUACUGCUGUUGUUCAAAAUUGUUGUGAUGUAUGUGAGGAUUCUUGCCCCUCUUCUGAGUCAGCUGAAAAGGAUUCGGAGAUAGACAAGUCUGUUCUCAGAUCUGCAUUAACUUCCUUUGUGACUUCCUCAGAUCUGAAAGAAGAAGUAAAGCUUGGAGUGUAUUGAACAUUUAGUUCGCUUUCCUAAAUUACACCUUGCAGAGGAGGAACCGACCCAAGACUUUCAAAUUUCCCCAGUAGUUGCAAAGUCUUUAUGUUGUUUAAUAAAACAGGUCAUUGAUUUGUCUUUAAGAUAAACUAUGUUUUUAAAAUUGGCUUGAAUAAACAUAUUUCAGUUUACAGUACUGUUAUAAUAUAUGUAA